GCGCGGAGAGGGCGGGGUUAGAGGGACGCUCGGAGGCGGCCGCUGCGCGCAGUCAGCAGCCCGCCGCUCCGCUCCGCACCGGACCGGUCCCGCAGCGCCCGACCAACGGCAAUCAUGAGUGACCGAAAGGCAGUGAUCAAGAAUGCGGACAUGUCAGAGGAGAUGCAGCAGGACUCCGUGGAGUGCGCGACUCAGGCCCUGGAGAAGUACAACAUCGAGAAGGACAUUGCUGCUCACAUAAAGAAGGAGUUUGACAAGAAAUACAACCCCACUUGGCACUGCAUCGUGGGAAGGAACUUUGGCAGCUACGUGACUCACGAGACCAAGCACUUCAUCUACUUCUACCUCGGCCAAGUCGCCAUUCUCCUCUUCAAGUCUGGUUAGAGCCAGGGACUGUUACUGAAAGGUGCAGCCGGUUACAGGGCUGCACACCAACUCCAGCCAGCCUCCCACCUUCAGCCUUCCUGAGGAAACAGACCUUCAUCUUCAGGUCUUUUGUUGCAUUGUCAAUGGUCAGGGAUUUUGCCGUAGCAGCUCGUAUUUUCUUUGUGGCUAUAAAAAAGGUAAAAAUACCUUCCUUGUAUUUAUUUUCUUUCAAAAGACAGCUUAUUUGCUAAUAAAACUGUCGGAACAAGUUUA